AUGGUGAUUCACAGUCAUGAUAAUGACGACAAGUCCCUGGCCCCUUACUCUCAGACAGUUGAUGAUGCAGCGUGGAUCUAUACCCCCCUCGACGGCAACGAGACAAUUGCCGAGAUCUGGUGGGGAAGCAUUGGCAGCAAUGGCGAUGCGAUGGGUGAUCUCUUCUUCCAGUAUAGAUCAGGAACACUCUUCAAAGAAACGAGCAUAAAGUCCAUUUUCAAGUGGGAAUUGGAAGAACACCUCUCGCUCGGCUACUUGCAAACCCGUUAUCAUUAUGGUUACGGCGGCCCAGAAAGCCUCGUCCCAAACUCAGCCAGUCUCUAUACUCCAUUUGAUAACGGCGAGACAGUGUCGGAGGUCUGGGUAGGCAUCACCCAGAAUGUUGUAGGCGGUCCUGGGUUCCGCACAAGCAAAGGCAGGGAAAUAUGCCAUGCUCAUGCAAUUAGCCUCCACGAGACGACAUGGGUCCUGGCUGACCUUCCCCGAGGAUCAGAGAGGACAAUAUACUACGGGAGUGAUGCCCCAGUAGGCGUUGAUACCUUUGCCUUUCGCAAUCCUGCUCCCUCGGGGUCUUUGGGUCAGUUCGACCCAUUGGGCGCAAUGCCUCCGAUCCCCGGUUUGAGAUACUGUGUUGAGGACUUCUUUGGUGGCUCUGUGGACCUGGUGGGUGUUGUCGAGGUGACUUGCUGUCGAUUGGAGCAUAAGCCAGAGAUUACUUCUGGCAUGCUGUUCCGCUUCGCAAGAGAUCUCCGGGAAGCACUGGGGGAAGGGCGAAAGGCCGUGUACCUCGAGUUCGGGUACGAUCACACUGGGGUUGUCCCUGAACGCCCAAACCUCCUCGACGCGCGCUUCACUAUGUUUGACGAGCCUCCUGAGGACCUCAACCCAGAGAACCAUCCCGACAUCGCGGGCCAUAGGUUCUUGGAGGCUUCAUGGGAGGAGAUUCCGGAGUAG